AUGUCAUCUGAUUCUGUUACUCCCGACUCGAUGCCUUCAUCUGAAAUUGUAUACCCGUUACAUGAAUUUGACGACUCUCCCAUUAAUCGGUAUAUGCAACACUGGACUCUGCGAUUUGAUGCAGUCCUCGACACAAAGAAGCUAUGCGCAGCUCUCACAAAUCUUCUCAGUCAGGGCGACUGGAGAAAGUUAGGCGGUCGCUUGCAAUUUAACGAUAUGGGAAAGCUUGAGAUUCAUGCACCAAGAGAAUACACCCAAGAGCGACCGGCAUUUCAAUUUUCUGAAGAGACUUUCCCAGUAAAAACCACUGAUCAUCCCGUCGCAAAGAACCUCCCCAGGGCAAGAGGCAAGGCCGAACUGUUCCCAGGCAUCACAGGCCAAUUCAAAAUCUUGACCGUUGGUCCCGAAUGGGGACUUGACUUUGAUGAACACGUUCGUCGCCAGGAGCCAGUCAUCGGCGUCCAUAUGGCUCUCUUCAGCGAUGCGACAUUGAUUAGUAUUCGCUGGUCUCAUGUCGUUUGCGACUUUAUGGGGAUCAAAGGUCUGAUUCUGGCCUGGUCAAUGGAUCUGGAUGGACGCUACGACGAGAUUCCACCUUUCAUGGGCGCAUUCGAUGAUCCUCUAAAGGAUAUUGGGUCGGCUCCGCCCAAAGAAUCUUAUGCUCUGUCAAGUAUGAAGCUGAGCCCUGAAGCCUUCAAGAAGACCUACGACAAAUACUUGGAGCACGUCGAAGCAUACCCAGUGUCGGUGCGACGCAUGCUUGUGCUGCCUGAACCCGCCGUCCACAAGAUCAAGAUGGAUUUCAUUGGCGGCCAAGGCUCGGAUACCCUCAAAGUGAUUCCAAAGGGAGCCCUAUACAAUGGACAGUUUGUAAGCGACGCUGAUAUUCUGUCUGUUUGGGCGGCACGACUCUGCUGCAGCAUCCUUCCUGCGGCGGACCGGCCCGUCCAUGUGAUGGGAAUGUACGAGGCGAGACAUUGCUUACCGGAAACAUUUCCCCAGCGUAAGGACAAGCCCGAUUCUAGCCCUGUCUUCGUCGCCAAUGCAACCUUUUCAACCUCGACCAACACCACUCUACAGGCGCUUCGACAUCAGCCGCUAGCGAGAACCGCGCUGUUGGUUAGAGAGUCUGUGGCGACCCUGACCAAGGAGCCGCAAGUACACGCGCAACUACAUCUCCUGCGGGAGUCGUACGAGAGAGAUAGUGAGAACCCUGCAAUUUUUGCCGCCGAGGACUCGUUUAUCCUAGUCGUGUCCAACUUCAGCAAGAUGGGCUUUUUCGACUCGAUCGACUUUUCUUCUGCGGUUAUUACCCCCGCCGCAGCUGGUCAUGGAAAGUCUCCUGGGAAAAUCUCCUGGCACCAGUGGACUACGCUAGAGCAUAACACACACAUACGCAACAUGUUCCAGGUGGGCGGCAAAGAUGGCCAGGGAAAUACGUGGAUGAUGGGCAUUCUACCGCCUGAAACCUGGGCUCUGGCAGAGCAGCAUUUAGCCGGCCUCUCGGAUAGGCCCUUGCCAAGCAAGCUUUAG